UUAAAAUUUUAAUUAUAGUUUUGACAUUCCUAAUCCUUAUGUUUGGGUGGCUACCGCGAAAAGUGUAAGAACCAACAUGAAAGUCGUUAUAUUUAUUUUAAAAAAACUUUGAAUAUUUCCCAACCAAUUGGUUAAAACUUGGUCUUCUACGUAAUGAGAAACUAAAGGGGUGAUGUAUGCAUAGAGUAUAGUUGAGAUGAUAUUUACGAAAAUGCAAGUGGACAAUAUUUAAAAAAAAAAAAAUGGGAAUCAUAGAAAGUAAUUAUAACAAACCAUAGAAUUGUUAAAAGUUUCUAGCUUUGAGUCUAAAUAUAAUUAGCUUGGUAUAUAAACUCGGAAGUGUUUACGUAGGCAUGUAUAUUAUUUUUUUGAAACAACGUAGGCAUUUGUUAUAGCUGAAUAGUAGUCUUUUGCAAGAUAUUUUACUAUCAUUCUUUGAAAUUUCUCAAGUUUAGCAAUUUCUAAGCUACAAACAAUGCAUUGACUUGGUAAAUGAAAAUGAUGCUAAUAUUCCAAAAUUAAUGACAACAUAAUACAUAAAAUAAAGGAGUUUAAUGGAUUGAAGAAAGCAAGAGCAGCACCACUUGAUCACUCAUAGCCCACGUUCCCACUCUCAAUCCCAAUUCUAAAGAUCCCUUGGGGAAAUAUAUUAGUAUAAAUCAAACCAACUCCCAAAACACACAACACAACACAACACAAACACAAGACGUGCUCACAAUACAUCACACACUUCACUCUGUCCUCUCUUCUUAAAUACCUCAAGAUCACAUCUGAAAAUUAGAAGAAGAAAAACAUUUAUAAAUGGCUCUUGAGACUCUCAAUUCCCCGACUUCAGCCACCGCCACCGCCCGGCCUCUUCUCCGGUAUCGAGAAGAAAUGGAGCCGGAUAAUCUCGAGCAAUGGGCUAAAAGAAAACGCACCAAGCGACAACGUAUUGAUCAGAACCAUCACAAUCAAGAAACCACUCCUUCGGAAGAAGAGUAUCUCGCUCUUUGUCUCCUCAUGCUCGCUCGUGGAACCGCCGUACAACCUCCCCUUACUCCGCCUCCGCCGUCACGUCGGUCUCCUUCCGAUCACCGUGAUUUCAAGUGUACGGUCUGUGGAAAAUCGUUUAACUCCUACCAAGCCUUGGGUGGACACAAGACGAGUCACCGGAAACCGCCGGCGAAUAACGCUAACGUUCCAAGCGGCCAAGAGCCAUCUAAUAACAAGAGUCACAGUAACGGUGGUUCCGUUCUUUUUAGCGGUAACGGUACUGUUAGUAACGGUGUUAAUCAGAGCGGAAAGAUUCACACUUGUUCAAUCUGUUUCAAGUCGUUUUCGUCUGGUCAAGCAUUAGGUGGACACAAACGGUGUCACUAUGACGGUGGUAAUAACGGAAACGGUAACGGCAGCGUGGAAGUCAUGGGUGGCAGUGACGUCAGCGACGUGGAUGACGAAAGAUCGUCGGAACAAAGCGCGAUCGGCGGCCACCGUGGAUUUGACUUAAACUUACCGGCUGAUCAAGUCUCGGUGGCUAUUUCUUAACGUUGACUCCGUGAAUAUUCAAAGUCAACUUUCAAGCGGAGAAUGGGGUCAGUGGCCGUGAAGCUUAACAGUCGUUUCUUACCAGUUGCUUCAGCUUGACUGAGUCUGUAAUGAAAAUGAUUGGAGUGGACUUGCGCAAUUAUAGUUGCAUUAUUAUCAUAUUUUUUAAAAGAAAUGUUUAUUUGUUGUUGGAUUUGUUUAUAGAUAGAGGAAACAAUUGGGAUAUCGAGUUAUUUUUAUAAAAGAAACUAAUAACAAUAAUACAGAGAUGGAUGAUUGGAUCAUACACGUUAUUACAUAGUGGAACGUUCUGUAAUGCUGAAAUUCUUAUUUAUUCUUUGCUAAAUUAUUUUUGCGUAAGGAGAAAUUGAGCAAAUAUGUCAUAAUGAGAAUUAUUAUGUCUCUUUUAUACUUUUGCAUUAAUUGGUGGACAUAAUUACUUUCAUAAUAACAAAAAUAAUUAUUAAAAAUUAUACUAUAAAAUCAGAAAUAUGAAAAAAAAUAAUACAAUCAUGAAAAUAUUUUACAUGUUUUGAUAUAAAAAAUUCAAUUCCAAAAUCAAUUUGGAUAUAUUGAUCUAGAUUUGUUAUAAUGUAUAUUAUAUCCUUUUUACAAAGAUAAUUUAGACGUUCUAAUUUAACCAAAUUGCUUUGUUAUUUAUAUACAAUAUAUGUUUAGUAGUAGGAAAAUCUAGAAAACGUUUACCUUUUAUUUUAUCCUUUAUUAUAUCCCAGAUAAAACUUCUAAUUCAUAGUCUAGAGAAUUUAAAACUACCCUAUGAAAUGGGUCCAUUUUCAUGCUUACAAACCUUGGAUUGAAUUUUUAGUAAAUAUGCAUUUUAUUUUCUUUCUUAUAGACGGAUGCUAAAGCCCAAACUAAAUAUUCAAGAGUAUUUAUUCGUAAUAGAUAUGGAAUAAAUAACUAGAGCACAAUUUUCUUAAAACAAAAAUGAUGUAACUAGUUUCGAAUUAACAAAAUAGAUUAAAUUGAUGAAAAUAUCGAACUACAAGUUUAAGAAACGAAACAAGAUGAAAAACUACAAAAGAAAGAACAAAGUUUAAAUGUUUGAGAGAGAGAUGUCGAGUGUGUGUGAUGGUUUCCAUCUUCCUCUCGUCUUCGUCCCCCUUUAUACUCUUUCUUGUUUCUUCGUCCUAUUUCCCUCCUCGACUUACUCAUUCAACUCCCGCUAAUCUCGGGAUCUCCUCAUUUCCCCUAGACAGAGUCAAUGUUUAUGGUCGAACUUGAACACCAGCUUGUGUCUUUGGCUUAUCUGCAUGAUUCGUCUGUCUGAGCCUCGACCUAAAUGCUAAAUUGGGUCCCAACACACACACACACACCCACCCUAAAAAGAAGAUGAGGAAGAUGCGUUCAUAAUAGAAAAUAUUUCGAGCUCUAACAAUUACAGAAACAAGACAUGUGAAACAAGCUAUCAAACAAACUUGGUAAAAUAUAGGAAAACAACAAAUCAAAAUUUGUGAAAGUAAUUGUUAGAGCUCGAAAUAUUUUAACAAACUUGUAUAGAAUAAUUCUGCUAUAAAUUCAACUCUAAUAUAUUUUUUCAGUUGUUGAGUGUCCAUACAGUUUUUUUUCUAGUAUAUCAUAAAGCCUUUGUUUCAUGUUGAAGGUUGAGUUGUGAAUGUACAAAACGUUUGUGAAAGUAUUUGUCAUCAUCAUCUCUGUUUGCUCAAAUCCAAAGUAUUUACAUGGGUCUUUCGAACCUAAUUUUCUUCUGCAAACAAGAAGGCCUUUCACCAUUGUAAAAUCUUCAUGUGUUAAUAGCGUAAUUAAGCAGAUAAAUUUUUUUAAAAAGAUUCUCGGCUGAAAAUCUUUAUAUAUAAAGUACAGUUUGCUUCACUCUAAUGAAACCACAUCAGAUUACAGCUAGAUAAGUCAAGUCUUCUGGUCGUGACACGUGUCCCGCUUCUCCCAAAACGCAGCACUUCAUUUAUUCAGAAUUCGGAUGGGCUUGACAAUCUUGUCGGCUUUUGUUAUAAACGUAUAUCUUCAGGGUUUUGGGCUAAUAAUUUUGUAUAUCGUAGGCAGCCCCAUGCCUGUUAUCGGGAACCCUAAUGCAAAAACAUCAGUCUUCAUCUUCAACCAUUUCUAGGGUUCUUAACGUUUUGCAACUUCUGAUUUUUAAAAACGAUCAUGGCGUUUCGACUGGGUUACGGGAACCUAUUAAUCACGCCAGUAUCUGGUCUAAUCCUUCGUUCAUAUCGAUUCCGCUGGAGUUCUUAUGGUGCAUGGAAAACCUGAACCGUUACGGACUGUUCAAUCGUCAUCAUUAGCGACCUUCUUAUUCCUUCUCUCCCCCCCCCCACUCCUUCUACAAUUUCUCAUUCACUGCAUCAUCUAGAUCUGCUCCCGGUGAAUAUGCAUCUAUAAAUAGAGAUAAGUUUUGAUACCGUAAACUUGAUCCUUUCAUCCCUCACAAUCAUAAUAACUCUUACAACUUUCUUUCAGCAUAAUGGUGAACUCCUCUCUCCUCCUUUCUGACUUGAAGGUCGGGCAUUCAAGCAGCUUUUUGAUUACCAUGGUGUUCAGCCAUUGAAUUUUGUUUUCAUUAAUGGUGAGUUUCAGUUAUUGAUUUGGUGAUGAAACGCAAGCAUAUAAUGAUUGAAUUCUUAUCGGUUUGAAAUUCUUUCAGAUAAUAAUACUGAUAUCUUGGAGUUUCCAUUUAAGAAGAGUAAAAAAAAAAUCCCAAACAGUAAGAAUUGAUCUUUAUGAUUUGCUUCUCACUCAGCUUAGGGCUUCAGAAUAGUUGACAUUGUUCUUUGAUUUGAUUUUUGGGUUGUUCUAAGUUUUGUUUAUGUUUCUUCUUGGUGUUGGUCCAUUGUGAUUGAAGAAACAACUCAAUUAUGUUCUUCUCUGCAGGAUCUCAACUGUGGCAGUAGAAUCUUCUUAUGGCUGAGUAAAAAUCACACCUCUGAUACGUGGGAUGCAAUCCAUCCUCCUGUGGUGUUUCAGUACAAACGCAAGGCCCACAAGGCCUGAGCGGUGAGACUGACAUUUGGCCCAGAAGUGUUGGAAUGGAUGGGCAAGUUCUAGAAGAAUAAGGAGCUGAUGACCUGUACAAACGGUUACGAGCUGCACAUGGGGUGUCGUCUCAUGAGUAAGCAAAGGGCGUGAGGGCAUUGGCUUAUAAAUAAGGAAUAAGGUUGUUAGAGAAUAUUAUCAAGUUGUUGAUCAUCUUUUGCAUGGGGAGAGUGAGAAACUCCUGAGAAAAACUCGCUUUGUACCCUUUCUUUGAUCAAUACAACGUACUCUUUUCUUU